CAGUUCACAUACUGCCCCGCGGUGAUAGGGGAUGGCGAGUCAACCGUUGGAAGUCACACUGUACCAUUAUCCGCUGACCCGAUCGACUCGUCCCUUGUGGUUGCUCCACGAAUUGGGUGGCAAGGUCAAGUUUACGUGCAAACGCGUGGAGUUGAUGAAAGGGGAGGCUUACUCGCCAGAAUUUGUACGGAUGAAUCCGAACCAUGCUCUUCCGGUAUUGCUAUAUAAGGAUGAUUCUGGAGUUGAACAGGCUCUUUUUGAAUCUUGCGCCAUUGUGGAGUUCUUGACCGAUGCGUUGGCUGCUGGGGAAUUAGCCCCGCCAAUUGGGAUCUCGAAUGGUCGGGCCGAGUACAAGAAGUGGCUAUGGUUCGCCGGGAGUUGGAUGGACCAGCUUUUGUGGCAGUUGCGUCAGCAUGACGAGUCAGGCAUCCUUCCUUCUGAUCAGAAGGAUAGCCGAGUGGUUGACCGCACCAAGGGCAAGUGGAUCAAGGAGAUCGUGCCACAAGUCGUCGCUCAACUGGAGGCCAAAGGGAACAUGUACAUCCUUGGGGAGAAUUUCACUGCAGCGGAUAUCAUUGUGGGCCACUGUUUGCGGUGGAGCAAGGCAUAUGGCCUUUGUGACAACGAGGUUCUGACCAGAUAUUUGGCCCGCCUUGCGGAGAGGCCUGCUUAUCAAGCAGCUUUUCAAGAUGCUGCAACCUUCGGGAAGUGAGGUCAGCCUCUUGAUUUCCCUAUCGUUGCAAGUCAAAAAAAAACAUUCGGACCCCUUGCCAAAAACAUUGAGGCUGAAAAAUUAUAAAUCGAUUGCCUUGCUAGAAAGAAAAGACAACGUGUUGGUGGCACCAUCAAAUUGGGCCUCUUUAAUUCUCGCACUUACCACGCCGAAACUCACACCCAAAGUGGUUGAAGUGGCAGAGGUGCAGGCCAGAAA